AUGUAUUAUGUUGCUUUGCAGAUGACGUUAACCGAUGAGGUUCUUCCCUAUUUAUCAUUCUCUGCAAUUUGUUCUACAAUUGGAUUAUUUUUAUGCGGCCUUCAAAUUUGUUCACGAAUUCGUGAACGUGGUACGACUGAGGGUACCGGAUCUGCACCAUUCCUCAUCGCAUUUAUAUCAUGCGCAUUUUGGUUACAGUACGGCGUACUGAAACAGGAUAAUGUUGUUAUUCUUGUAAAUGUAGUUGGAGUAUUAUUGCAAAGCAGCUAUUUGAUGUACUACUAUUUGAUGACAAGGCAUACGCGAUUGCUAAGAAAAGUUAUUACUGCUGAAUUGGUUAUCAUUGCUCUAAUGUUGUAUGCUGUCAACUAUGCAGAACUAAAGGAUAAUGGAAGAGAAGUGCUUGGCGUAAUUUGUGUGUUCCUUAACAUCGCCAGCAUCGGUGCACCAUUGUUUCAAAUCGGAGAGGUGAUACGAACGAAAAAUUCCGAAUCACUUCCACUCCCGUUGUGUUUGGCAUGUUUUGCUGUCAGUUUACAAUGGUUAUGUUAUGGUAUACUGGUGAAAGAUGUGUUCAUACAGGUACCAAACUACGUAGCAACUUUGCUGUCAACAAUUCAAUUAUCGUUGUUUGUCAUCUAUCCACGACGACCAACAUUUGUACAAUUGAAAGACGACAAAGAUUCCAUUUAA